UAAAAUUUCGAUCUUCUUGCAGCGCCGAAGAGUUCUUAUCAAUAACCUAUUUGUAUGGAAAAUUGUUAAAUGUAAUUACGUUGUAUUUAAUUGGUAAAACGACGUGGUCAAUCAUAUAUAUUAUAAUUUGGGGUGGAUUAUUUGCUAUUUUACCUCAACCAACAUACCAAGGUCGUUCAGAAAUAAUAGAAUUAACAGACGAAGAUUUGCACGAUAUCCAACAUAACAAUUAUCGAGUUUCUAAGAUUAGUGAAAUUACUAGCAAUGAAAAAAACAAAGGAAAAACCGAAAAAGAUCAAUAUUGGGUGAUCUUUUUUUACGUUUUAUGGAGUAAUGCAUGCAGAAAUUUUGAGUCCACCGUCGCAAAAACCUCUUUAAAGUAUACGACUUCAAACGUUCGUUUUGGCAAAGCUGACUUGGAGCGAUAUCCUGCACUAGCUGAAGAACAUAAUAUUUCAUUAUCACCGACUAGUUUGGAUCUUCCUAUGUUGAUUUUAUUUAAAAAUGGCAAAGAAAUUUCAAGACUACCCCAAAAGAUUGAUGAAUCAAAUGAUGAUUUGAAUAGAAUAAAAAGUAAAGCACUUCGAGAUGUAAAAGUUACAUGGGAUCGCCUGGGAUGGGACAGAAGCAUGACUUUUACUGGAUUAGAAACUUAUCAGAAUCUAAAAUCCACAUUCAGUCAUGUAUAA